CGGUCUCUGCACACUCAGUUUUCCUUAUCUUCCCCUGACCCCCCCAGAAUGGCUUAUGCUGAGGAGCAGGGAGGUACCCCGUGUGGUUUCAUCCGCCAGAAUUCCGGCAACUCCAUUUCCUUGGACUUUGAGCCCAACACGGAGUUCCAGUUUGUGGAGCAAUUAGAGGAGCGCUACAAAUGUGCCUUCUGCCACUCCGUGCUGCACAACCCCCACCAGACGGGCUGUGGGCACCGCUUCUGCCAGCAGUGCAUCGUGUCCCUGAGAGAAUUAAAUGCAGUCCCACUCUGUCCCGUAGAUAAGGAGGUUAUCAGAUCUCAGGAGGUGUUCAAAGACAAUUGCUGCAAAAGGGAAGUCCUCAAUUUAUAUGUGUAUUGCAAAAAUGCUCCUGGUUGUAAUGCCAAGAUUAUUCUGGGACGAUACCAGGACCACCUCCAACAGUGCCUAUUUCAAGCUGUGCAGUGUUCUAAUGAGAACUGUCAGGAACAAGUCCUUCGGAAAGAUCUGAAAGAACAUUUGAGUGCACGUUGCCAUUUUCGAGAGGAAAAAUGCCUUUAUUGCAAAAAAGAUGUGGUAGUAAUCUAUCUACAGAAUCAUGAGGAAAACUUGUGUCCCGAGUACCCAGUAUCUUGUCCUAACAGGUGUUUGCAGAUUAUUCCAAGAACUGAGGUGGAUGAACACCUCGCUGUGUGUCCUGAAGCUGAACAAGACUGUCCUUUUAAGCACUAUGGCUGUACUGUAAAGGCUAAACGGGGAAACCUGCAGGAGCAUGAGCAUUCAGCCUUACGGGACCACAUGCUUCUGGUUCUAGAAAAGAACUUCCAAUUAGAAGAACAGAUUUCUGAUUUAUAUAAGAGCCUAGAGCAGAAAGAGAGUAAAAUCCAGCAGCUAGCAGAAACUGUAAAGAAAUUCGAAAAGGAGUUCAAGCAGUUUGCACAGCUGUUUGGCAAAAAUGGAAGCUUCCUCUCAAACAUCCAGGUUCUCGCCAGUCACAUUGACAAGUCAGCUUGGCUAGAAGCUCAAGUGCGUCAGUUAUUACAAAUGGCUAACCAGCAACAAAAUAAAUUUGAUCUGAGGCCUUUGGUGGAAGCGAUCGAUACAGUGAAACAGAAAAUUACCCUGCUAGAAACCAAUGAUCAGAGACUAGUUGUUUUGGAAGGAGAGACUAACAAACAUGAUGCCCACAUUAAUAUCCAUAAAGCCCAACUGAACAAAAAUGAAGAGCGAUUUAAGCUGCUGGAAGGGGCCUGCUAUAAUGGAAAGCUCAUCUGGAAGGUGACGGACUAUAAGAUGAAGAAGAGAGAGGCACAGGACGGGCACACGGUGUCCAUCUUCAGCCAGCCUUUCUAUACCAGCCGGUGCGGCUACCGGCUCUGUGCUAGAGCAUACCUGAACGGGGACGGGUCUGGGAAAGGGACGCACCUGUCACUGUACUUCGUGGUCAUGCGAGGGGAGUUUGACUCCCUGUUGCAGUGGCCGUUCAGGCAGAGGGUGACCCUGAUGCUUUUGGACCAGAGUGGCAAAAAGAACCACAUUAUGGAGACCUUCAAGGCCGACCCCAGCAGCAGUAGCUUUAAAAGACCCGACGGGGAGAUGAACAUUGCGUCUGGCUGCCCCCGCUUCGUGGCUCACUCCACUUUGGAGAAUGCCAAGAACACCUACAUUAAAGAUGACACCGUGUUCCUGAAAGUGGCUGUGGAUCUAACUGACCUGGAGGACCUCUAGUCCCUGUUUCUGGGGUGAGGGAAGGGCGUGUUGGGCCCAGAACCAUGGAGAAGGACACCUGUGUUUAUCAUAUGGACAGACUUAGAGCUCAGUACACAUUUGUAGUUGGCUUUUUGCCCCUGGUGUUUGAAGUCCGUUUAAAACUUCUCAAGUGCUGUCAUCUUUUUACAUUUUACUCUGUCCCAGUUUGAAACUUAAAACACUUAGACUAUCCUCUCAUUAUUUAUAUUUUUAUAUCUCUUAAAAAGAUGUUAAGUUUCUUGAAAGCAAGGUCUGGGGCCUGUCAUUUUUACUGGUGCUUGGCAUAGUGUCUCAGGGUAGGCACUGUGUGAAAUGUUACUGAGGACACAGAGGAAGAAUUGAAAAUGCUUCAGCAUUUUAUUAUUUGGCCUGCUGAUUCUAGACCUGAUCGUAAGCCUAUAAAAGCCAUCUUUCAGGAUAGGCUGUCCCAAUUACAUAGUUGGAUGGUGUACUUUUAAAGACAGUAUGCCCAGUUUGGACCAGACUUUAUUUGGUCAAAUGCUAAAUUUGUGGAAAUUACUAUACCUCUAAAUAUUUUCAUUAAAAUUCAGGCAGCAAGUACAGUUUUGCAAGGCUGCAUUAGAACUGGUGAAUAGAGAAAGAUUUUCAUUCUUCCUGUUGAAGUAAACAGAAAAUAUUGC